AUGAAGUUCAAAUUUCAAUCCGGCUUUUUGCGCUCUGCACGACAAGCAAUUGUUGAUCCCAUUGUCGUUGUACCUGUCCGUCGGGCCCUUCCCAGCGCAGCGGCCGUCCGCCCAACAACCCUCACUCUCUCUUCCAGCGACCCCACCAUCCCCCACUACCGCCACUCUUCUUCCCUCACCCUCAGAUCUUCGCGCCCGGUAGACACGAUGCCAAAGGAUAACAAGAAUUCCUUCAACCUCAAGACGCCCAAGGGCACAAAGGACUGGUCCGGGUCCGAUGCACUCCUCCGCGACCGGAUCUUCUCGACCAUCGCCGAUGUCUUCAAGCGUCACGGCGGCACGGCGCUCGACACACCCGUUUUCGAGCUGCGUGAGAUCCUGGCCGGAAAAUAUGGCGAGGAUUCCAAGCUUAUCUACGACCUUCAGGAUCAGGGUGGCGAGAUCUGCUCCCUUCGCUACGAUCUGACCGUCCCCUUUGCCCGCUGGCUCGCCAUGAACCCUGACGUGCGCAGCAUCAAACGCUACCACAUUGCCAAGGUGUAUCGCCGUGAUCAGCCUGCUGUGAGCAAGGGUCGCAUGCGCGAGUUCUACCAAUGUGAUUUUGAUAUCGCCGGUGCUUUUGAUCCUAUGGUUCCCGAUGCGGAGAUUCUGCGGAUCGUGACAGAAGUGUUUGAGGAGCUUGGAUGGCAGGGUCGUUAUACUAUCAAGGUCAACCACCGGAAGAUCCUGGACGGUGUCUUCGAGGUCUGCGGAGUGCCGCCCGAGAAGAUCCGUCCUAUCUCUAGCGCCGUUGAUAAGCUGGAUAAAAUGCCCUGGGCCGAUGUGCGGAAGGAAAUGGUCGAGGAGAAGGGGCUGGAUGGUGAGGUGGCUGACAGGAUUGAGAAGUAUGUGGCCGGCAAGGGCGCUCGGGAUCUACUCGAGUCUCUAUGGAAGGACGAGUCUUUAACUGCGAACGCGUCGGCCAAGGCUGGUCUGGAGGAGAUGGGAUUGCUCAUGGACUACCUUGAAGCCUUCGGAUGUCUCGACAAAAUUUCCUUUGACAUGUCUCUGGCGCGAGGAUUGGACUACUACACAGGUGUCAUUUACGAGGUUGUUACCGAAGGUUCUGCACCUGCCGUCUCGUCCUCGGCCCCCGAAGCACAGAAGCUCCAGAAGUCCGGAAAGAAGGACAAGUCCAAGAGCGGGAACCUCGAAGAUGAGGACAGAUCAAACGACCCCACACUAGGUGUUGGCAGUGUUGCCGCGGGUGGCCGCUAUGACAACCUCGUUGGCAUGUUCUUGCCCAAGGCUCAGAUUCCUUGUGUUGGUGUCUCAUUCGGAGUCGACCGUAUCUUCUCCAUCACCAAGGCCAGACUCGAGCGGGAAAAGAGCGCCGAGGCACUGCGCAGCAGCGAAGUCGAUGUCUUUGUCAUGGCCUUUGGUGGAAAGGGCUUCACCGGUAUGCUCAAGGAGCGUAUGGAUGUAUGCCAGAAACUCUGGAACGCCGGAAUCAAGGCCGAAUUCUCCUACAAGAUCAAGCCCAAACUCCCCCAACAAUUCAAGGCUGCCGAACAAGGAGGCGUCCCCUUCGCCGUCAUCCUGGGCGAGGACGAACUCGCCGCUGGCCAGGUUCGUAUUAAGGAACUGGGACUCGAGGAAGGCCAUCCGGAGAAGGAAGGUGUCCUGGUCGACCUGGCUGCCCUCACCGACGAGGUCAAGGCCAGACUGGCCAAGAAACAAAGCCAGACGUCAGCGAAGGCAGAUAUUUCGGGCGUAACGCAACAGCUCGAAGCCGUCAAGGUUGAAGCUCCCAAGACCGAGGAUGCGGGGGUUUAA